CGUGACUCAUGUGCGCACAAUCUUGACCAAGGUGGAGAGAAGCUGAGAGGGGAACCAAGGAAUUACGGCGACGCCGACACGGCCCGCUGCUGUCCGUCUUGUUACUCUCUUUCCAUGAGCACUCAGAAAUGGCUUCGCGAAAACUGCGUCAAAUACGAAGAGAAAGAGAAAGUAUACAACGAAGUAAACACAGCACUGGAGACUUUUGGACUGUACGGACGAUCUAAUGGUUGGCUAAAGGUCAAGAGUGAUGUAUACAGUAAGUGUAUUCGAUCUAACAUUUCCAUUAUUCUCAACUCUUGGAUUGAUACACACUCAGCGUACGACGAUGGCCGAACACACCUUUUGCUCUGUUUACAUGGACUGCUUCCAAUAAAUUAUCGAGAUUCCACAUAUCACAUACCUGUCGAUAUGUGGAUACCCUUCAACUAUCCCCGUGGGCCGCCAAUAGUCUAUGUUGUACCGGCGCAAGGUAUGAUGGUGAAGAACAGCAAGUUUGUUGAGUUGAGCGGUAGAUGUGAUGUAGCUAACUACGAAGGAACUAAAGGUAGUUGGCUAGACAGAGGAGAGAAGAGAACUGAAACCAGACCUGGUUUGGUUGGUUUAAUUGAUGCCCUCAUCGCCUGGUUCGGAAAAGAUCCUCCGGUAUACUCCAGAGCAGCCCAGAAUCCCCAACCUUCUCCUGCUCCUGCGCCAUCUCCCACUCGUCCGCCUUUCCAGAACCAUGCUGGUCCAAGACCUUCGUCUUCUUUUUCAAAUCAUGCCGGUCCACCACCUCCCACCUACUCUCCUCCGCCUGCUCCUCCUCGACCAGCAUUUAUGCCCUCAACCAGCUGGACUCCUCAGCCUCCUCCAAUCUUGCAAACCCGUUCUGCUGCUCCUAUACCACCAGCGACUGCACCGUGGACACCUGGUCAUCCUCCGCCUCCUCGAAUACAGUCUGCACCUAUACAGCCACCAAUGCAAUCCAUGAUAAUACAAUCACCACCUCCGCCUCCAUCGAUUCCCGCUCCAGAUCUAUUAGAUUCCGACGAUCCGAACCCUGGACCCGAAUUUAGACCCUCCCCCGCCCCUCCACUUCCUCCAAAUCCCAUCUUACUUUCCCUCCAUUCUUCAGUUCAUGCGAAACUUACAUCCGCCUUACAGUCUCUUCAGACUUCAUUGCAUCACAGUUCGGAGCACCUGCGCAAGAUGCAAGACGAUCUCCUCCGCGGCGAACCGGCGAUCAAAGAUGAGAUUGCCCGUUUAGAGGCUGUCAAAGCUGUGUCACUCAAUGUUGGUAGUCGGUUGAGACAGACGGUAGAGGCAGCGGAAAGGAAUGUCCAGGUAUUGAGAGACAAAGGGGAUGUCAGUGUCGACGAGUUGAUUUGUGGGCCGACGAUUGUGCAUAAUCAGUUAGUAGUACGGCCUUCUCUGUUUUCAGGAUCUGAUUUGGUCAUUAGGUUAAUUGAUCUUGUCGCUGAAGACAACGCUAUAGAGGAUACAAUAUACCAUCUCCAUCGUGCCCUCAACUCUGGCAGCAUCGAUCUCGAUAGGUUUCUUAAAGUGAGUUAAUGAAUGCCUUGGUUUAUGGUAUCCAAUUGCAUGUUUGCAACCGGAUGGAAACCAGCGAUACUCGAAACAAUUGCUAAUUUGUCCUAUUCUAGACCACUCGUGUUUUGGCAGAAGAACAGUUUAUGAAACGCGC